AUGAGUGAAAACGAAUAUGAUAGUGAUGCAAUCAAUGAUGAUUGCUAUGAUACAUAUUACGAUGAUAAAGAUCCAUUUCAAGAUGAUAACAAUAAUAACUAUACGACAAGUGUUACCAGUAAUGAUCCUGAACAAUUUGAAUAUAUUAUAAAUACAAUAAAAGAAGUUCAAACACGUUUUGAACCAUUAGUGUUUUCAAAUGCAUAUAUUCACACAUCAUCUUCUUCAGCUAUAUGUUCAAUAUGUUUUAAAAGUGAAACAAAUUUUCAAUCAUUAAUAUGUAAUCAUGCUUUUUGCCAUGAUUGUUGGUCACAAUAUAUUGAUAAUAAUCCACAAAUGAUACUUUGCCCUGGUACAGGUGAACGGGUAUUUCAAGCAAUUGAUAAACCUACACCAAGCAAAGUUGCAUGUGAAUUAUGUAAUUUAAAAUUUUGUUUUCAAUGUCAAUUGAGUUAUCAUGCACCUGCUAGUUGUGAUAUUAUGAGAAAUUGGUUAAACAAAUGUCGAGAUGAUUCAGAAACAGUGAUUUAUAUAUCAGCUAAUACAAAAGAUUGUCCAAAAUGUAAAGUAUGCAUUGAAAAAAAUGGAGAUUGGAAGACUCAUGAAAAUAAUUAUUAUGAAUGUUCUAAAUAUCGUAGACAACCACAAUCCCAAAUAGAAACAAAACAAAAUCGUGCACGUGAAGCAUUAAAAAAAUAUUUACAUUAUUUUGAAAGGUGGGAUAAUCAUCAAAGAAGUUUAAAACUUGAGGAACAAACAAGAGCAAAAUUAUUAGAAAAAAUUGAACAGAAUAUUAAUGCACAAAAUGAAACUUAUAUCGAUUGGCAAUGUUUAGAAAAAGCAGCUGAUUCAUUAGCAAAGGUGAGUUUUCUUCGAAUAUAUACAUGA